GCCUGCAUCAAUCCCCUCGGCCCGAAACCCUCGGAUUUCCCUCCGUCUCUCUUUCGUCCAAAACAAUCGCCUUUCGUCUCCGAAACUUUCGCGAUACAGUCGCAAUUGGAGCUAGUUGGGAACGCAACGACGGGAUCGCGGCUUACAGUGACCCGAAACUCCCAUUUUUCUCCUCCUUCCGCUCCCCUCAUACCCGAAACCAUCGAGUAAGGAUUUAGGGUAAAGCCUGCUCAAAUCCUGCUACCAAACAGCUGCUUCGAAGACCCCUCGGGAAAAGAACAGGGUUCGUGUUUUUUCGUUUCCGUUCUACCAUGGCGAAUCCUUACUAUGGCUCUGGUCCUCUAAGAUCGAGGGAAGGGCUUACGGCCAGAUCGUCGACGGGCACAGAUGAGAUCCAGUUACGGAUUGAUCCGAUGCAUGACGAUUUGGACGAGCAAAUCACCGGUCUCCACAGCAAGAUUAGGCAGCUGAAAGGAGUUGCUCAGGAGAUAGAUUCAGAGGCAAAGUUUCAGAACGACUUCAUUAGCCAAUUGCAAAUGACACUGAUCAAAGUUCAGGCGGGCGUGAAGAACAACAUAAGGAGGAUGGACAAGAAAAUAUUCAAGCAGGGUUCCAACCAUGUUGUACAUGUGAUCCUCUUCGUCUUAUUCUGCUUUCUCGUCGUCUAUCUCUUAUCGAAAUUCUCGAGGCGCUGAAAUAAUGACGAAUGUUGGCCCGAAGAUGCCUAAAAGAUUCAGAUCAGAUCAACUGGAUGUAAUGCAUGCGUUUGUUCCACAAAUUAAGCUUUUUCAUAGAAUGCUGUAGGAUAAUGCGUGGGACUCAAAUAUACAUAAAGAAUUUUUAUGUCGUUAUGGACUGAUGUAAUGAAAUGUUCAACUUGACGCAUAGGUUUUCAUGCUGCUUGCCAUGUCAGGGAACUGGUAGAGGAAAUGGUAUGCAUGUAAAUUGCCCCAAAUAAAUAUUAGAAUCCAAAAGGUUCGUCAA